UGCAGAUCUGGAACAUGGAUCCGAUUCGCCACGAAGCCGUGGAGCGAGACAAUUUGACACCGUUGCUGCUCGCGACCCUGACCAACCACGAAGGCGCCAUCAGUUGCGUUCGAUGGGCACCCACGGGAAAUAUGCUCGCAUCUGCUGGCGAUGACAAGACCAUUGUGAUAUGGCAGCUGUCCAGCGACAAAACGUUCGGCGGUCUCGUCAUGAGCAACUUGGAGGGUGACGUCAACAUCGAGUACUGGCGCUACACGAAAGCCCUGAAAGCACACCUUGGUGAUGUCACGGAUCUUGCCUGGGCUCCGCAUGGCCGCCAGUUUGCAUCCUGCUCCCUCGACGGCGUCAUUUGCAUUUGGGACACGACAAACUUUACUCUUGCACACAAGCUCGAGUACCAUACGGGCCCUGUCAAAGGCAUUGCAUGGGACCCGGUCGGCGAGUUUUUUGCCAGCCAAUCUGGUGAUAACACAGUUGCAGUGUGGCAAACGCGCGAUUGGGAAGUUGUGCGAGCCAUUCAAAAGCCGUUCGAGCAGGCAAAGGAUACCCUGUUCUUCCGACGCUUGAGCUGGUCGGCGGAUGGCUCGUUUCUCGCCGCGACCCAUGCGUACAAUGCCAACAAAGCCAGUCCUGUGUGUGCAUUGAUUGAGCGCAACUCCUGGGCCUGCACUCGUGACUUGGUUGGUCAUGACGCGCCUGUCCAAGUCGCUAGAUUUAGUCCGUUCAUGUUCGUUUCACCUGAUGUCAAGGAUCCAAACCAGCGUUUGGCGGAGGCGCAGAAUAUUUGCGCUCUCGGGAGCCAGGACUGUGCCGUUUCUGUGUGGAAGAGCCCCAACGUUCGUGCGUUAGUUGUGGCCAAGUUUGUCCAUUCCGACUCGGUGACUGACAUGUGCUGGGGUGACUCGGGAUACGAACUGAUCACCGCAUCUUUGGACGGGACUGUUUGCUACAUGAAAUUCUCUCGAGAAGAGCUCGGCGAGCCAUUGUCGCGCUCAGAGAUGGCGCUGAAAUUGCGAACGCUGCAUGGAGAGGUCAUCGACGACAAUGCAGAGCCCUUCUUCAUCGCCGAAACGCCGGAACAGUUGAGUUUGUAUGAGCAACAACAACGGGAGCGCGCGGCAAUCCCCAUGGACACAUCGGUCGUGCCAGUGCACAACUUGCCCCAAAAGCCGAUUGCAGCAUCCAAGCUGCUCGCGUCGGCGCCCCAGGCAGAGUCCUUCGCCAAGGAUGGGCGUCGUCGAAUUCAACCGCAACUGUUGGUUGCUAGCACCGAUGAGGCAGAAGCCCCUCAAACGGCCUUGGCACAAGUGCGGCAACCUGCAGCAGUUGUGCCGCGGCGUGUCGGCCCUGGCAACGGCUUGACGGCUGUUCCCAAAACACUCGGGAUGGCAUCGAGCUCGGCUCAGUCGGCUGCUUCUUCGUCGUCUCAGCCCCCGCCGUCAUCGCGCGCGGCACCGCUGGCAGCUCAACCUGUGCAACGAAACCGUCCAGCGUUUGCGGUGCCCAAGGGAAUGCCCGCGACGACUCCAGCCGCCGCUGCUCCGCUCGUUCCUGCAGCCAAACCCCCCGUGCGGGUGAAUCCGAUGGGCAGUGCUGCUACUACCUCCACCUCCGUUGCUGGCCCGAUGACUGCAACGGCAACGACUUCAACCUCACGUGCUCCUGUCAGCCGUGGGGCCGGGUCGCAGCCAGAGUCCUUGCAAACGAAGGAACAGACCACGCGUGUGCAGAGCACCUUGCUGCUCUCUGCGCCAGAACUGCUGACCAGCGUCCAAAUCUUUUCCAACCAUAGCAACCAAGUUAUUAGUGUGUCGGCUGACGAGCGAAAAAUUCCUGUUGGCGACAGCACCCACAUCAAACUCGCCUACAUCACCGCCGUGCCCAACUCGGAAUCCGGGCCAAGAUGGCACACCGUGCUCAAUAGCCCCGUUCAGUAUCUUGCGUGCAGCAGCAACUUUGUUGUGGCGCUGUGUAAAGACGGCGAAAUCCAUGUAUUUAGCAUUCUAGGGCGAAGAAUUUUGCCGGCAGUUCGCAUCCCCUCUGGUGUGCACUUCCUUGCCAUUCACAACGAAGAAUUGAUUGUGCUUUCAAGGGACAAGCACUUGUAUAUCUGGAAUUUGGAAUCGCUCGUGUGUACGGUGCACGCAGAGCCGUUUAGCAGCGUGUUCGACCAACUUGAAGCCCAUGUCAUUGCAAAAUACCAGGUCGAAGCCACAAUCACCGUGACAGGAGUCAUUGUCUUGCUCGUUCCUGCUGCGUACCAGUGCUACGCGUUUGAUCCAUCGCUGCGUGCCUGGCUGCUGGUCGUGGACAACGCCAACCGGCUGUUUGCAUGCUCGGCCCAUUCGUCUCACCUCCCGUCCACCCUGCCCGCGCUGGAAUCCAGCAGCACUCGUUCCCGCUACGCGCUGCCGAAUUCGCUGGCGCUCGCAGUGAAGCAAGUGGCCGAGCAGAACGCUGCGGUCGGCCCACUGAAAUCCCUUCAACACAGCAUCGGCCCGGGCCCGCUCAGUACAGCGCAAGUAAUGUCCAGCGCUCUUGGUGGAGACCCCGACCUGCAGUGUGCAGCGACGGUCGCCUAUCUGGAGCACCAGAUUGCCGCGUCGGUCGCGCUGCUGUCCGUGUACGAGUACCAAUAUUGGAUGACCACUCUCAUCACCUUUCUGGCCGAUGCCGGUUUGACCAUCCGCCUUGGUGCCAUGAUGGAGUCACUCAUCCCCGCCCACGAAGAGAACAGAGAUCAACGGUUGGCACGAAUGCUCGAGCCAGCCGACCACUAUCGGCUCGUGGAAGCGCUGCUCGCCCGCCUAAGCUCGCUGCCCGGCUGCUCGAAACUGGCCACCAGUUUGCUCGAACGGCUACGAGCUGGCGGUGAAGCAAUGGCCCAACUUGCGCGGCCACACUACUAAAAUAAAGUUGGCGGUCUGGAACAGCCGCAUGUUUGUUUGUCACACACUCGCGCGAUCCAUUUUAUUGGGACUACUUGGACGCAGUAUCGUGCACAGCAACAGCAAGAAUGAGUUUUCAAUCAAAAUGUCAUGAAAUAACAAAUAAAAAAAACCCUUGUUUUGGAUUUUGUUAAUCGGU